CUCGACUCCAGUCUGUUGGCUUGUACACCGUACGCAGUAUUCCCUUGGGCGGAUUUGGGAUUGUUCUCGAAGGUAUCCUAUGCUGAUAUCCAUAUCUCAGUUGCCUUCAGACGCUCUUUCUCUUGUAUCGCAGCGUUACUUGUUCCUCAUCGCAGCAUACUACGUAAUCAACAUACCCCCUCCCUACUGCGUACACCAGUGGACAAGGCCAUUCCAAAGUUGGAAUUUGCCGUUUCGGUGGCUACUCGCAGUGGGACUAUCCAGAAAGCAGAAUGGCAGACGUUGAAAUGAAGGAAGCCGCUUCUGGCGCGCCGAAAACCAAGACUAAGGCCUCUGAAGGCACCAACGACGGAAAGAAGAAGUUUGAAGUCAAAAAGUGGAAUGCCGUUGCUCUAUGGGCAUGGGACAUCGUCGUUGAUAACUGCGCUAUCUGCCGCAACCACAUUAUGGACCUAUGUAUUGAGUGCCAAGCAAACCAGGGUUCGUCCACAACUGAGGAAUGUACUGUAGCCUGGGGAAUAUGCAACCAUGCGUUCCAUUUCCAUUGCAUUUCGCGCUGGCUCAAGACCCGUCAGGUCUGUCCUUUGGAUAAUAGGGACUGGGAGUUUCAGAAAUACGGUCGGUAGGUCGCGGGCGACGAUCGUGGUGCUCAACGGUGCCCUCAGCAUGCGUUUUCAUGAUUUAUUCGGACGCUUUAUAAUGUCAUAUGAAUCUGCCAUUC